AUGACUUCACCGAAAGAAUUCGAGGACUUUUCUUGUGUCAAUUUGUCUUCACUACCAACUGGUAUUCCAUCACAGCCCUUCAGUUCUCUUAACUCAAAGAGGAAACUUACUCAACCCGUGAACGAUGACGUCAAGCGGAGGCGUGUCUUAAAUACUCACGCCAAACAAAAAGGGAUGUCUGAGGAGUGUAUGCGCCUUGCGUUCUUGAUUGGCUAUUUGAACGUGAAAGGCGUUGGUUUUAUGUUAGCGCGGCGCGCGAAGCGCGCCGAGAAGUCUUUGCAGUACAUUGAAAUCACCAGCAUUUAUGGGAGUGUUGAAAAGACACACGCGGAGUUUUUGGCAAUGAUAUCAGUGGAAGAGGAGAAGUGUCAGAACAAUGAAGUGAGUCAAAGUUAUAACGAGCGCUAUCACCGGAAGAAUGUGUUUGCGGUGAUAUACAAUUACUUGAUUCAAAUAUGUUCGAGCUUUGAUGAGCGUGUAGUCUUCGAGACGAAACGGACUAAGAAAUCGAUGUUGACUAUAAAGAUGGAGAAGUUUGUAUCGGUCACAAUAGGUGAUGUGAAAUAUACCAAAGAUGAUGUGAUGAGAAUCGGUGGAGUGAUUUAUGAAUACAUUAAUGGUAUCAUUUCCGCUUCAACUGUUAAUGUUCAAAGUUUUGCUUUAAAUACUAUUAAAAUCGAACCAAACCAACCGUUGAUAUCAAAACAAUUUACUCAUGUCGUACACAACAUCCGAAAUUACUGGUUAAUGCAAGAGACUUUACGGUUCGAGAAAGAGCACCCAGAACGGUGUGUUCUUUUUUUACAAAAGAUAGGGAUGAACGAGGAUCGUGCAUCUGUUGUCAUCAGUUCAAUCAAGUGUACACAGCCUGUUUUUGAUAUCACCAACACAGACAAACAAGUGGUUCAUUCUAAUGUUUCUCUCACACAAUGA